GAACCAGAGCUGGGCAUUUUUCCACGCAUUGGAGAGGGAGGGGGAGCGCGCUAGGGUUUGAUCUUCCAGCUAUUGCUCGCGAUCGAUCGGGGGUGGCGGCAGCAGCAGCCAGACGCCUUGCAUUGUUGCGGUUUCGCUGUAUAGCGAUUGUUUUGCUCACGGCUUCUCAUUGCAUUCGUGUGUGAGCUGGAGCGAGUGAGCGCUGCCCUCUUUUCUUCUUCUUCAAAGUAUACCGCUUUCAUUCUUUCUAGUGUAGUUUGUGUUUCCUUUCUUAGACUGGAUUGCCUCUGAUUAGAUAUGAGUCUGGGGAGUGCUAAGCGAUCGAUUACUCGGGUGACCAGUAUGCGCGAUCGAGUCCAGGAUUCAUUGCAAGAGCAUCGGAAUCCGCUGCUAUCAGUGCUAUCGAAGUUUGUAGCGAAUGGAAGUGGGCUUUUGCAACCUCACGAACUGAAAGAUGGGCUUGCAAAUGCUGUCAAGGACUCGCAGCUCCUUCUCCAGCUGCAAGAUGGUAUCUUUGGCCGCGUUUUGCAUUACACUCAGGAAGCCAUGGUUUUGCCUCCUUGGGUCACUCUGGCUGUGCGACCCAGGCCUGGUGUUUGGGAGUAUGUUCGAAUAAACGUCGACGAGCUGACUGUGGAGCAGCUCUCAGUUUCUGAAUACCUUGCGUUUAAAGAGUGUCUGACAAAUGGAGUGUGCAAUGACAAGUUUGUCCUUGAACUAGACUUUGAACCUUUCAACGCUCAUUUCCCAAAGCUAACACGUCCCAAGUCGAUUGGCAAUGGUGUACAGUUUCUUAAUCGGCAUCUCUCGUCUCGUUUGUUUCGUGACCAGGAGAGCAUGCAACCUCUGUUUAACUUCUUACAAGUGCACAAGUAUCGUGGGGAGACUCUCAUGCUAAACGAUAGGAUCGAAACUCUGGACAGGCUUCGACCAGCACUUGUCAAGGCUGAAGAGCAGCUGACACGGCUCCCUGAUGACGCACCAUAUGCUGAAUUUGCUUUGAGGCUGCAGGAACUGGGACUAGAGAAAGGAUGGGGAGGCAAUGCCGGAGAGGUUCUUGAGAUGAUUCAUCUCCUGCUAGAGACGCUUCAGGCCCCUGAUCCUAACACGCUCGAAAAGUUUCUCGGGAAAGUGCCUAUGGUUUUCAGCGUGGUGAUUCUGUCACCGCAUGGCUACUUUGGCCAAGCAAAUGUCUUGGGAAUGCCGGAUACAGGUGGACAGAUUGUUUAUAUUCUGGAUCAAGUUCGUGCUUUGGAGCAAGAAAUGCUUAGUAGAAUUAAGCACCAGGGUCUUGAGAUCAAGCCUCAAAUCAUAGUGGUGACUCGUUUGAUUCCUGAAGCAAAAGGAACCACUUGCAAUCAGAAGGUGGAGAAAAUCAGUGGCACUGAAUACUCUCGUAUUUUGAGGAUUCCUUUCAGGACGAAAGAAGGAAUACUCAAACAAUGGGUAUCACGUUUUGAUGUCUGGCCUUAUUUAGAAACAUUUGCUGAGGAUGUUGCACAUGAGAUAUGCGCCGAACUUUCGGGUCCUCCGGAUUUGAUUAUAGGCAACUACAGCGAUGGAAAUCUCGUGGCUUCGUUGCUUGCGUACAAGCUUGGCAUCACUCAGUGUAACAUUGCGCACGCAUUAGAGAAAACAAAGUAUCCCGACUCGGACAUCUACUGGCGGAAGUUUGAUGACAAAUAUCAUUUCUCCUGUCAGUUCACAGCCGAUCUCAUUGCUAUGAACCAUGCUGAUUUCAUCAUUACGAGCACUUAUCAGGAAAUUGCUGGAAGUGAUGACAGCGUGGGGCAGUACGAGAGUCAUGCCGCGUUUACGCUACCAGGCCUGUAUCGUGUGGUCGACGGAAUUGAUGUGUUCGACCCGAAAUUUAACAUUGUUUCGCCUGGAGCUGACAUGACCAUCUACUUUCCAUUCACUGAAAAAGAACGGCGACUGACGUCGUUGCAUGGGCAACUUGAGCAACUUGUUUAUGGUACCGAACAGAACGACGUCCAUGUGGGAACUAUAAGCGAUCGAUCAAAGCCUCUCAUUUUCUCCAUGGCGCGCCUGGACCGAGUGAAAAACAUCUCCGGCCUGGUGGAAUGGUUUGCGAAGAACCCGCGACUGAGGAAACUCGUGAGCCUGGUGGUUGUUGCCGGAGACAUCGAUCCGGCGAAGUCGCGAGACCGGGAGGAAAUCGACGAGAUUCACAAGAUGCACGGGCUCAUGGAGGAGUACAACUUAAAGGGCGACUUCAGAUGGAUUUGCGCGCAGAAGAACCGAGUCCGCAACGGAGAGCUGUACCGUUUUAUAGCGGAUAGUCGCGGUGCUUUCGUCCAGCCUGCGAUUUACGAAGCUUUUGGACUGACAGUAGUGGAGGCAAUGACUUGCGGUCUACCAUGUUUCGCAACCUGCAAAGGAGGCCCCGCGGAAAUCAUUGUGAAUGGCGUGUCCGGCUUUCACAUUGACCCGCACCAUGGUGAAGCAGCCAGCAACAUCAUGGCCGAUUUCUUCGAAAAAUGUCUCGCAGACAAGGACUACUGGAACAACAUCUCGGCGGCUGGCCUGGAGCGCAUUUAUGAACGGUAUACCUGGAAGAUCUACGCGGAGAGGCUCAUGACACUGGCGGGAGUGUACGGCUUCUGGAAGUAUGUGUCGAAACUGGAGAGACGAGAGACUCGACGCUACCUGGAGAUGUUCUACAUCCUGAAGUUCCGUGAACUGGCCAAGAGAGUACCACUUUCCAGCGACAAGGAAGAUGUUGACGAGAAGAUUUCGAAGAAAACUCAUGUCAAAGAAGGUCAGGCUUAAAAAGAAGAGAAUGCUUUUCUUCAUCGAGUGGAGUAGCCAGCAAAUCUUCGCAAGCUUGCAAGCAAGGAAGUAAAAAAAGCGAGAAGUAGAAGCGUACUACCACUGCUCGACUCUGGAAAGAGAGCCCAAGCAAAUCAAAGGAGAGAGCCUCUUGUUGGACGACUCUCUUAAAGCUUUGUGAUCGAUUCGAUCUGCUUCUCUUUCAUACUUCACUUAAAAUCGCUCCACUCGCGAAAAAAGAGUGUGAUGAAUAAUAUAAAAUCUUCUUCGUC